GUGAUGAAUGAAAUUUAUACUUCACCUUGAUGAAACUUUGAAAUUGGGUUCAAGGUUUGUGUUGGUGGAUCUUGAUGAAUGUCAUCUAUUUGUGCAGCCAGAAGUCUAUGACAGUUUAAAGAAUCUCAUUGAUGAACAGUAUGAGAAAGUCUAUUAUAACCAGAAGAGCAGCUUAGAAUAAAUCAUUACCCUCACCAUGGCAACACGAGAAUCAGGUCGUUUGAAGGAUGGAUCCUCACGGCGCGUCCUGGAUGAAGCUGCCCGUCGCCGCAGGGCACGGAAAGCACUGGAGGCCCUUGAACAAGAUAAUUUCCAUGAUGACCCCCAUGCAAAUCUUGUUAUGAGCAAAAAAGCACCAAAAUUUGAUGAAUCAUUGGAUGGCAGUAGAAAUAAGGAUCGCAAAAGACGAACUCGGAGCACUGAAUACUUUAAGCAGCGGUUUCGUAAGAACUUCCCUAUCUUGCUGGAGGAAGAGCAGUCUCUUUAUCCAGAUGGACCCAACUACCUAACAGUGCAAGCACCCGCUUCAAAACUUCCUGAACGUAAACUUUGUGCUGUGUGUGGUUUUCCAGCUCCCUACACCUGCAUUCCAUGUGGAUCACGAUACUGCUGCACAAAAUGUCUUUCCACUCAUGAAGAUACCAGAUGCUUGAAGUAUACAGCCUAAAGAUGAAAAGAACUGUGAAAUGGCACUUGUAUGAAUAACAACCACGUAUUAGCAAUUGUCAGUUGUCUAUGAUAUCGUGUAAAUUGGGUGGUUUUAUUCAGAUGGUAAUUCUUUUUAAAGAUGGAAAUGAAUUUGCAUAUUUCUAUGAAAAGAUAUUUAUUUUGUGUUUUGACGAUACUUUGUAAUGUCUUUGCAAUGUGAUUUUUUUUUCUAUCUUUCUGUAAUUCAAUCCAUUUUCUAAAAUGUGGAUAUCAAAAUAUUUUAGAAUGGAAAUUAUGAUGAACAGUAUUGUCUCCAGGUUUAGUACCUUGAAAUGUGUUUCAGUUACUUGUUCUUUGCUUGACAUUAUUAACUAGGACUUGGUUAGCUAGAAGAGAACCUUCAUGCUAUCAUUAUUUUAUAUAUUUUUUCUUUUCUUUUUUUGUUCAUCAGCAAGUUGAAAGGAAAUAUUGAGAACUUCACGUUGUUUUCACGUUGCAUGAAGUGCAAGGACAGACAGGCAAUAAAUAUUAGUUAUUAUCAUGGCAUCAGAUCAUGUAACAUUUAUUUUUCCAGGGAGUAUAAAUAAAACAGUGACUUUCCCUAA